AAAGUAUGAGAAAUGUAGGGAGAGAAAACAUGAAGGAGGAGGACGAGGAAGAAAAUAGAGAGCCGUGUGUCUCGCCCAUGCAAGACCACCAAGGAGUCCCCAUUUCUUCCUCUUCUCUCUCUACCUCCCAAUCAACCCAUGCUUCCUCCAUGUCCCUUUCUCUCUCUAGAGGAACACACAGGAGGGCUCACUCUGAGCUAUCUCUACCUUUGCCCCAUGACCUUCAAACUAGAGUACCCAACUCAUCAGAAUGCGAUGAUGAGGAAGAAGAGGAGGAUUUCUUCUCUACUUAUAUGGAUCUGGAGAAGCUCGGGCCCGUUCAAGGGGAGGCAAAAUGCAGUGAAAUUUCGGGUUUUCCUGCAAAUGCAGGCUCUUUCAAACCGGAAAUGGGGAGGAGGGGGCAUAGACAUAGCAAUUCAGUAGAUGGGUCGGCUCUAUUUGGGGAGGUGGGUACAGAGGUGAAGAAGGCAAUGCCUCCAGAAAAGCUUGCAGAGCUCGCUGCGUUAGAUCCAAAGAGGGCUAAGAGGAUACUGGCAAACAGACAGUCAGCUGCUAGAUCAAAAGAAAGGAAGGCUCGGUACAUUUCAGAGCUUGAACGCAAGGUUCAAACCCUUCAAACAGAGGCAACAACUCUCUCUGCUCAACUCACCUUGUUUCAGAGGGACACAAAUGGGCUGAGUACCGAGAACACCAUGCUUAAGCAACAAUUGCAAGAGAUGGAACGUCAAGCACAAGUACGUGAUGCUCUGAACGAGGCUCUGAGGCAAGAAGUUCAGCGCCUCAAAAUUGCUACUGGAGAGAUAACACCCAAUGGGAGAGAAAACUUCAACUUGGGCAUGCAGCAAAUGCCCACAAACCACCCACCCUUCUUUCCAAAUUCUCACCCAUCGUCAAUCCACCCUGUGCAGUUUCAGCAGUUCCAGCCCUCUCAGCAGCCUUCUCUCAGUAACCACCACCAGUUACGAGCUCUCUCUCUCUCUGAUAUAUUGCAACAGGACUCCCUUGGCCUAAUGCAAGGGCUCGAUAUCAGUAGAAGCUCACCUCUGGUGAAAUCCGAGGGCUCUUCUGUCUCAGCUAGUGAAAGUAGCAGCACAUUCUGAGCUCCUUAGGUGUGACUCCGCUAACCAUAAUUUAUCUUCUCGAGUAAUUCAUUGAUGGGUGUCUUAUGGCACUUCGUUUACCUCCCCUUUUUCCUGAGAUUGUUUGUUUCACAUUUUUUAUUUAUUUUGAUGAUAUUAUUCAUUUGCAUUUGUUUGUGUUAGAUUUUCUAUUGGGCAUCUAGGUCUCCCCUCUCUCUCUCUCUCUGCAUUUACUGCUCGAUCAGAUCCCUUUUUGUCUUUGUGAUGUGGAUGGAGGUUUUCUCGUAUGCAUUCUUUGUCUAGUGACUUUGUUUAA